CGGGCGCGGGGCUGCGGGACGCGCCGGAGUUUCGGAGGGAGUUUGCACGCGGUCAGCGCGGCGCGGCUGAGCCAGCCCCCGGCUCACGUUACACGCGCCUGUAUUUAUAACCUCCCGGAAAGCGGCGUGUUCCCCCUCAAAGCCGCGGCGCGGGACCACCUUCCCCGCCGCUCCCGCUCCGCGACAGCCGCGCGGCCCCGAGACCUGGCCCUGGCCCUGGCCCUGGAUUACCGGCGCCCCGCGCCCCGCAUGCCAUGGAUCACACCCUCUUCGGCUGCCUGCGCAGCCCGCACGCCGCGGCGCAGAGCCUGCAUCCCUUCUCCCAGUCCUCGCUGGCCCUGCACGGACGCUCCGACCACAUGUCCUACCCCGAGCUCUCCACCUCGUCCUCUUCGUGCAUCAUAGCGGGAUACCCCGGCGAGGAGGGCAUGUUCGCCAGCCAGCACCAUCGCGGCCACCACCACCACCACCACCAUCACCACCACCACCACCAGCAGCAGCAGCACCAGGCGCUGCAGACGAACUGGCACAUCCCCCAGAUGUCCUCCCCGCCGGCCGCGGCCAGGCACAGCCUGUGCCUGCAGCCCGACUCGGGCGGGCCGCCGGAGCUGGGCACCAGCCCCCCGGGGCUGUGCUCCGGCGCCUCCAGCCUGGGCACCAGUACGCCCACGGGGGCGGCCUGCGCGCCAGGGGACUACGGCAGGCAGGCUCUGUCCCCGGUGGAGACGGAGAAGAGAGGCGGCAAGAGGAAAAGCGACAGCUCAGAUUCCCAAGAAGGAAAUUACAAGUCAGAGGUGAACAGUAAACCUAGGAAGGAAAGGACAGCUUUCACCAAGGAACAAAUCAGAGAGCUAGAAGCAGAAUUUGCCCAUCAUAACUACCUGACCAGGCUGAGAAGAUAUGAGAUAGCAGUAAAUCUGGACCUCACUGAAAGACAGGUAAAAGUUUGGUUCCAGAACAGACGAAUGAAAUGGAAGCGGGUAAAGGGGGGCCAGCAAGGGGCGGCCGCCCGGGAAAAAGAACUGGUAAAUGUGAAAAAGGGCACACUGCUUCCCUCUGAGCUUCCUGGAAUUGGUGCAGCUAGCCUCCAGCACACGGGGGACUCACUAGCGAAUGAUGACAGCCACGACAGUGAUCACAGCUCUGAGCAUGCACACUUAUGAUACUCAAAGAGAUGAUCCCAGCUCCGUUCUCAGGAAAGAAAUGCUACGAUGGCAAGCCUUACACAGGCAUCGUUUACGUAUGCAAGUGACUCUGGCAGCGAUUUUUUUUUUUUUUAAAUUGAUAUGAAAAAUUCAGGCAUAUCAUGUCUGCUUUUCUUGAUUUUUAGAUGGUUUACAGUAAGUGCCAUGUCUUAAAGGUGCCUCAAGAGUGGAGAAGUGGAAGAUGAACUUGCUUUGAACAUUCCAGAUGUGUUUGUCAUGUUUAUGAUGGCGGGCAGGUAUUUUUGCUUUAGCUUGCACUGAAGAUUACAUUGCUCAAAAGACGUUAUACUCUGAAAAACCACAGUGCCACAAAAUCACUAUCUAGUGGAUAAGAAAUGUAUUUUAACUCUGUAUAUAUUUACCUUACAGCAUUUUCCUGUCUUCACUAAUUUUAGCAAUGCAUUCAUAUUAGCUGAUGGCAAUAGUCACUCAUGACGAUAAAUGGCUUCUUGUCUCUUUAUUUUUGUUUUGUUUUCUCAAAGACAUACAAUACAUGCAGACACCUGUGUUCAAGUAGAGAACAGUACAGUAGUGUCUGAUAGGGCAUGUCCUUGUACUACAGACAAAACAAACCUUAUGUUGCAUUUACUAUCAACUGCUGCUAAUAGGGUAUUAUUAAACUUACCUAUCUCCUCAAUUCUUCUUAUUUUAUAACUGCAAAAGUGAUUUUUUUAGGAUCAUAAGGGUAGUCCAGUGACCUGCCAGAAAGAACUUAAUGUUCCACUCGUGUUCAGAAUUUAUUCUGUCCUUUUUUCCUCAUCUCCAUUAAGAGUUACACAUCACUACUACAUUGCAGUUGAGUACCUUGGUAAGUGUUACACUCUGUAGAAAUGCUGUGUCUUCAUCUUGAGGUUUUAAAACCAGCAGACGAGUUGAAAGUUUUUAUUGACUGCUUAUGUUGGUAGCAAUCAACUAUAUGACUCCAAAAUAAAACUCCAGUAUUAUGUCCCAAAUGUAAAAUUGAGACGUGUUUUCUGUUACAGACUUUUGUGUACAUACAGCUGAACCCCAAAAGCAAACCUGAAUACAAAACAUUGAUUGUACUUUGUAAAGAAAAAAUGUUUAAUAAAUGAUCCUUUUUAAAUAAA